AUGAAACCAUCAUCUCUCCUCAUUAUCGCAUUUCCACCGUCACCAGUCCUCGUCGAACCAACUGCAUCUCAAGAAUCAAAUCCAUCAUCUCGUCCCCGUCGUACAAUUAAACCAGUACGACGCUUAAACUACAUCCGUCGACCAAAAAAAGUUGUUAAUCAUACAGCAGCAGCAACUACAAUAACAAAAAAAAAUGAACCAGUAUGUAAACAUACAGAUGAGCAAGUUAUAGAACUCUUAUCUAAAUUCCUCAGCUAUCGGGCUGAGGUUAAUAAUCUCAUAAAUGCUGCUCCAAGUGAAAGCACCAUUGAAGUCAUACCGUGA